AUGGCGUACCCCGGGCAGCACGACGUCGUGUCGGGCGAGCAGUACCGCUAUGCACUGACGAACUUCCGUAUUGCACACGAGAAGGUGGAGGAGCAGCGGGUGCAGAUGCUCGAGCAGGAAAAGCAGGUCGCGCAGCUCCGCGACCGCAUCGCGCUCCUCGAGGGCUCCGGCCAGAACAGCCAUCUCGGCGUGAGCAAGCUGGGCGGGAACUCAGUCGAUGACUUUUCGAUCAAGAACGCGGCCUCGGGGCUCGAGAGACAGAUCAACCGCUGGGCGGCGGACGUCACCCGUGCGCCCCCCGCGCCACCCAACACCCUCCGGCACGCCGCGCUCACCGACUGCUUCGACGACGACCCGCCCGAGCUCCCGUACUCGUCCGUCGCGUCCGGGAUCCAGAUCCAGAGCCUCCUCCGCCACGCCGUCUCCAAGACCAUUGCCGAGGGCAUCGUCAACUGCCUCAUCGUGACCGACUCCCCAGAGGCGAACAUCCAGCUCACCCGCAUACACGAGCACAUCUUCUCUCGCGAUCCCACCGUGGCCGCCGUCUGGCGCCGGCAGACGUUCACCGCCGCCGUCGAGUCCUGCUCGACCGACAUGUCCCGCUUCUUCCUCUCCGAGCACAUGCCCAACCUCGGCGCCCUCCUCGGGCUCGACCUCGGCGACCUGAAGGCCCAGGGCGCGGAAAAGCCGGCCCCCUCCGCCGCCGCGGGCGGCGUCUUCGCCGUCCUCGAGGCCGCCUACGAGUUCUCGCGCAUGCUCCACGGCGCGCCCUCGAGCUCCGGCGGCACCGUCGACGCCUUCUACCGCGCGUUCGUGCCCGACGUCGCGAGCACGAUGAACCCGCGCCAGAUCGAGCUCGUCAAGCGCUGCCACCGCACCGAGCGCGGCGAGCCCGACCGCGUCGGCGCCACCGUCUUCCCCGGGCUCGUCAAGGUCUCGCGCGCGCCGCCGAACGCAGGCGGGGGCGCGGCCGACGCCGUCCAGACCGUCGUCCGCCGCGCGCAGGUGAUAUGCGAGUGCGCGAUGCUCGGCACCGGCCCAGUGGCAGCGCCCCCCGCGGGGGGCGGGUUCGUGAGUCCGAUGUCGUCUCCGCCGACGUCGCCGCCACCAGGCACGAUGAGCCCGCAGCCGUCGAUCGGGAUGGUGUCUCCACCCCCGUCUGUGUCCCCAGCGCACUUCACGAACGGGCGUGGUUAG